CGCGGAAGCUGCACCUAGCGGGCAUCGGCCAUGGCUGAGUGGACGCCUGCCCAGGCGUGGGAAUGGGAGGUGGAGCCUCAACACCUGGCACCCUUCCAACCUCCUGCCCUCUUCGACCAAUCAGCUGAGCGAGAGAUCUAUCCAGCGGCCGAGAUCUCCCUCUGGACGGUGGUGGCUGCCCUCCAAGCGGUGGAGAGGAAGGCGGACACCUCGGCCACUCGCCUGCUCAACCUCGAAAGCCGAACGGCCACGGCCGAGAAGAAGAUCUUCGAGUGCGAGAAAACGGAACUCGAACUCGGCAGCCACCUGGCGGCAUUGGGCACCCUGAUCCAGGAGUACCGGGCGCUCCAACGGCGCCUGGAGAACGUGGAGAACCUCCUGAAGAACCGCAAUUUCUGGAUUCUGAGGCUCCCCCUCGGCCCGAAAGGGGAAAUCCCCCUGGUCCCCGUGACGUUCGACGAGGAGCAAGCGGUGAAUUUUUCCACGCCCGAAUGGGCCAAACUGGAGGACUGGCAGAAGGAACUUUACCGGAACAUCACGAGAGGAAGCUACGAGCCGCUGGUCUCUCUUGACUCUGCCAUCGCCAAGGCUGAUGUCCUUGCACCCCAGGUGGGUCCGGGGUCAGUGCCCCACGUUGUGGAUCAGCCCUCGGCGGGGGGAAAGGGACUCCCCCCGGCACCCAAACUAGCAGAACCGUUGACUUCCAAAGACGAUCUCUUGUCCUGGAUUAAGCAGGAGGAACCUCCCGGUCCCCGGAAGUGGAAUCUGGAGAGGGAGUUCCCUGCCACUCUCGGUUACGACGAGAGCAGCACCAGAAUCAAAAGCGAGGAAGAGAAGCUCCAAGAAAGUUUGAAACAAGCCUUGCCUGCCCGGCUCCCUGGAGCGCUCAGGGAUGAGGCCUUCCAGGCCCCCAGAUGCUGCCAGAGGCAAAGCUGCCCUCAGGGUCAACCUGCUGCUCCUCCCCCCACUCCCCAAAAGCCCCCCGAGGAGCCACCCCGCCCCAGUGAGAGAACCUGCCCCCAACCUGAGGCCACUCCGCCAGCAACCUGCUUGAAGGAAGGCCAGCUGAGAUGCUUCAAGGGCCUGGAUGAGCUUUCCCUGCCUCCAAGGAUCCCCAUGGGAGAGGAAGUGUACGGGGGAGGGGCCAGGCCAGGGACCGAGUCCAGUGUCCCCCAGGUCCCUGAGCCCUACCUGUGCCCGGAGAAUAACAACAGCUUCAGCGAUGCGGCCGUCUCCGAAACAGCCGGCCGGCCGCACGCCUGCUCCCUCUGCCCAAAGAGUUUCCGGCUCAAGACCAGCCUGCUGAUCCACCAGAAGACCCAUGCCGUGGGGAAGAGCGAUAGCCCCUUUGUGUGCUCUGAGUGUGGCUGCGGUUUCAGCCACCAGGCUCAGCUGACUCGGCACCAGGCCAUCCACGCGGACCGGCCGCACCAGUGCUCGGAGUGCCACAAAGCCUUCAAACGCAAGUCCAGCCUGGUGGUUCACCAGAAGACGCACCGUGAGCGGCCGCGCCCCUUCCAGUGUCCCCAGUGCAACAAGACCUUCAUCAGGAAACAGCACCUGGACGACCACACCCGCACCCACACGGGGGAAAAGCCCUACCAGUGUCCCGAGUGCGAGAAGCGCUUCGCGGAGAAAUCCAAGCUGACCAACCACUACCGGAUCCACACUGGGGAGCGGCCCUACCGCUGCGGGCAAUGCGACAAGCGCUUUGUGCGUGCCCACCACCUGGUCAAGCACCAAAGCAGCGUCCAUCAAGCCGGGGCUAAGCUGUACUCCUGUCGCGAGUGUGGACAGAGUUUCAGCCAUUCUCAGGCCUUCCUCAGCCACCAGGCCAGCCACGCCAACGGUGAGAGGCGCCACCGUUGCACCGAGUGCCUCAAGACCUUCGCCCGCCGGAAGUACCUGCUGGAACAUCAGCGCAUGCAUACGGGAGAGAACCCGUAUGCCUGCCCACACUGCGGCAAGCACUUCCGAUACAAGCAGUCACUAAAGCAGCAUCUGCGCAUGCACCGGGAGCAACUGCCCCCGCCACCUGGGCCCGCUGUGCCACCAAGCUUGCCAGUCACCAACCCCCUAGAGAGAGACUCCCUCUUUGAGGCCAACCCACCCAUUGGGACCUGAAGCUGGACCCCAAGGGGUCAUUUGUGCCAAAUGAACCGCUGGGCUAGAAUUGGCCCGCUUAGUGGGCCAGCUGAGAUCCUCCCCACCUUCCAUGGGGCAGCCCCAACGCUUCUUCUCUCCCCACGGAGAGGCGCCUCCUUCUUGCUUGCCUGAUCAGGACCGUGUGGGGUCCUGUGGAAUAAGCCCAGCUCCCAGCAUUCAAAACACGCCAGCUGUCUCGAAAUAUUUCUUUGAUGGAGAGACAGCUGUCGAAAGACACUCCUUGUGCUGCAUUGCACUGCGAGUCCUGGCCGAACCGGGUUGGGGGGGGAAGAAUCACGCCUAAAAUGUGGUGUCCACCUACCCUCUUGGCUCCAUUACCUGGUCUAGCACCGAAGGCCGGCCUGCUGGAGUCAAAAGGAUGUGGUUCCCUCACCUCCAGGGAGAAAGAUGCAGACACUGAGGUUGCCGCGCACGGCUGUGAUUUUCCACCCUGCCCUCCACACUUUGCUCGACGAUCAGAGGUGCGUUUGAAAGCACUUUGGGUGCCGUGGGUACGAAAGACAGCCGGAAAGUUGGAAUUGACUGUCCCCGCCGCCUGUUUCUCUUCUCCAGUGGGCCAUGCGGGGCAGCUAUCCGUGGCCAAACUUCAGAACAGCUCCACCUUCUCGGUCCACUCCGCAGAGAUACCCUUAAUUCACUGCUGUCGAUCAAGUUGCAUUAUCAAACUCCUGGUUUACCGUUUUUCGGCCGGUGUUGACCUGUGCCAAAAAGCUCUUUUUGCUGAAGGCUUGGCUGUGCUUUUCAGUGUGGUACAUUUAUCGCCCAGACUCGACGGGCUCCUGGUUCGUCUCCCCUCUCUGCCUGUUCAGACACCGGCAUGAAAUCUCGAGUUUUGCCUUGUCGCUCCAAAUUCUUUUGUCACCAAGAGGAUGUCGCCUUCACAUCACUCUCUCCAGCCCUGAAAAUAUUCCCCCCCCCACACACAAAAAAGAGUACUUGGAAAGCGACCCUAAAAUCAUGGCCAUAAACCGAGACCUCCAGCCCGCUUCCACACCAAGUUCUCACUACCUUAAAUCCAACUGUAUUACAGGUAGUCCUCAACAUA